UCGAGAAAAGGUUAUUAUCUGUAUGUUGGAGGACAUUCGAACGAGUUAGGAGGAAAGGAUUCAGAACAGAGGCGAGUGGAUCAACAGCUACGAUCACGUAGUCCCUCCUGUUAUCAAGGAGCUUGUGGAUAAGUUGUACGCGAGAGCUUCUUCGUGGAGAGCUACAUGGAACGGAGAGGCUUCGCACCAAGUAUCAGGGUCGUCUGGGCAAUAUGUUGUGAACAUGCACGAUUUUACAUACUCGUGCAGAUUGUGACAGCUAACAGGGAUCCCGUGCACUCAUGUUAUCGCUACAAUCAACAAGAAUGGCGAGGAUGUCACGCGAUACGUCUCCUGCUAUUAUCUGAAGUCCACAAUGAUAACCCUGUACGAGAAUGUCCUUUACUCAAUCAAUGGGGUGGACAAAUGGCCCAAGAGUUCUGAUGGUGGAUUCGAACUGGCGCCCCCGAGGACAAAGCGACACCGUGGACGACCGAAGAAACUGAGGCGUGAGGAGCCCCUGAUUCGUCUUCAUGCCAACGGAGGUGAGUCACUGCGACGAACCUUCGUCAUGAGAUGUCGCCUGUGCGGGCAGGAAGGUCAUAACAGGAGGACAUGCAACAAUGAUCCUCGGACAGAUGCUCGUACUGAAGUUGGGGAGAGUUCACAGCAAAGUGGGUCGCGUACGACAGAUGGGAGUAACUUCCCCGAAUCGUCAAACAAUCGCCAACGCGAAGAGCCUAAUGUUUCGGAUCCGGGGCCUAGCACUCAGACCAGGGCCAGGACUCAGCCUCAGCGCUGUGGCCGCCGCGGUGAUCAAGAUUGA